AUGGAGCACUUAGUCCGGUCUGUACUAAAGGCUGCCAAUAUUCGUACCAUUGGCCGGCUCGCGCUCAAUGGCACCAGCACAUUCUGCGCCUGCGCGCUGAUCUGGGAGCAUCUGAUAACCGUCCAGCUCAGCGAGGGCCCGUCGAUGUACCCUACCUUCGACGUGCGAGGUGACUGGCUUUUGAUAUCGCGCGUCCACCGCAACGGCAAAGGAAUCGAGGUCGGAGAUGUCGUGCGAUAUGGUCAUCCGAACUUUCAAGGCGUGCAUGUGGCCAAGCGGGUAGUGGGCAUGCCUGGGGAUUUUGUCUGUCAAGAUAAGCCGCUUAGUACGGAUAUUGGCAAGGAGGGGAAUAUGAUUCAGAUUCCCGAAGGUCAUGUCUUUCUCGCCGGCGACAAUCUUCCCUGGUCUAGGGAUUCGAGGAAUUACGGUCCAGUGCCCAUGGGUCUCAUUAAUGGGAAGAUAAUUGCCAGAGUAUGGCCUCUGUCGAAGAUGGAGUGGGUGACCAAUCCGCUGAAACCGGCACAACUGGAUGCCCAGAACAUUUGA